AUGGAGCCCCAAGCGGAGUCUGCCCGCGUUGCGCAUGUUCUGCCUGGUCUGCACGCCUCUUCUCGCUCGCCGGACUCGUAUGGAUCCUACAGGACGCCGCCUACCGCUACUGCUGCCCCGUCCGAUCGCUUCUAUGGCACCGUCUCGCCCUCACAGCGCGCCUCCUCGUCCGUCCCGACCAGCGAGGGCGUGCAGCUGCCCAGCCUGCGCACUCUGAUCAAUCCCGAUCUUCUGAAUCCUGCCGCUCCAAAUGCCUCGCCUGCUCCCGUGACCCGUCUGCCCAGCCUGAGCGGCUUCGAUUCGGCCUCGUCGACGGACCGCCCCGUCAACGGUCACGCCUAUCCCGCCCGUGAGGACAGCCAGGCUUCUUCCAACCCGGGCCAGCCCGCUUCGUCCGCCUCUCAGCCCUACCCGGCUUACACCUCUGCGCCGAGCAUGCCUGGCCCUCUCCAUGCUCCUGCCACGGAGCCCGCCCAUCAGUUUCUUCGCCGCGGAUCCAUCUCGUCUGGGGCCAGUGCUGGCUCGGAAAAUCACUCGCCACGCGAGGAAGCCAGCGAGGGAUCUGCAGUAAGGGUGAAACGCCGCAUCGGAGACAUCUCAAGAGGCCCAGUCCGCGCUGCACGUUGCAUCGGCCAGCAAGACGUUCCCGGAGAGGGCUUGUGCUACGUGUACGAGGAUGGCUCAUACUGCCGGACCAUCAUCGACGGUGAACCCGUCAACCCGUCCUGGGGAGUCACCAAGGCCGGCAAGCCUCGCAAGCGUCUUGCACAGGCCUGUCUGACCUGCCGUGAGAAGAAGAUCAAAUGCGAGCCAGGCAUUCCGAAGUGCUCUCAAUGUGCUCGUGCCCGACGGACAUGCAGAGGUGGUCUCAGUGGUCAAACCUCAAACGCCGAUGGCAUGAAGCUCGAUCUGACCGAGACCUUGGUCACGUCAGCGAAACAACAUCCAGAGGACACUCUCAGUGUACGACCAUCGCCCCCACAGCAACCUCAACGCGCAUCGCCCCCUGCAUCUCGCGGCUUCUUGAAGCCGCAGCACAUCUUCAGUGAGAUUGGCAAGCCGGGCGAUGUAGAUGAGUCGCGGAAACGCCGCUAUCGCAGUUCAUCGGACGAGAGGGAGACGCUUGGCUCUGCUUUCGCUCCCCGCAUCCCCACUGCUACUGUAAGAAGCUCGGCAAUGCACGCCAUGGCGCGCUCCAGCCUGGACUCGGAUCCCUACGAUGCGGAUCCGACACUCACCAAGCAUCUUCUAGACCUGUUUUUCACAUAUGUCAACUCAUCAACAUACGCUGUCUUCGCUCGGGAGCCUUUCAUGAGAUGGGUCACCAACGGUCAGCCUAAGACCGCUGACGAGAAGCUUGUCAUCUACUCGCUAUUGGUCAUGGGCAAUGUCUUCUCCACCGACUCCGAGUGGCGUCGCAUAGAGAAACAGCUGCUUGAGAUCUGCAACUCUGGUCUGCAAAAGCGCGUCGGCAAGUUCACCCUCCACAUGUGCCUCAGCAGGUUGUACGUCGGGUUGGCACAUUUUGCUCGAGGACGGCACGAGGAGGCUUGGGACUGGUGUGGCGCAUUCCUGCGGGCCAUCAGCGCCUUGAAGCUUAACCUAGAGGAAGGCGUUGCCUGCGAUGAAAGCGAAAGUUUGUUUGGAUUCGACCGGCGGAUGACCGAAGAGUGCAAGCUGCGGACGUUCUGGGCCGGGUUCCUGAUGGACCGUUACAAUGGGUUUUCUGGAGGCACCCUCUUCACCAUCAAUGUCGAUGACGUCUGCGUCAGGCUCCCCUGCUCAAAGGCAGCAUAUGACGCCGGUCGGCCACUCGACACGCCCAUCUUUGAUGGCGGCCAUAUCGAAGAACGAGCUCUUCUGCGGAACAUCAGCCCGAUGGGCUACCACGCUCUUGUCUCGGCAAUCUGGGGCGAUGUGUGGACUUUCACAGCCCGAGCUGCGCGCAAGCACACAAGCAUGCGGCUGAACGAGUACACUGCAUUCUACGAUCAAACCAAUGAGCGUCUGGAUGAGUGGCUCGCAUGCCUGCCUUAUGAACUUCAGUUCAACGAAGCCAACUUCUACUCUGCAGUAAAUGCUGGCUAUGCCGGCACCUUCGUGGGCAUGCACGCUCUCCAUCAGGCAACAAUCAUGCGCCUCAACCGGUAUGCUCGGCACUCUUCACUGCCUCCUCACAUCCUUUCCCGCAACGCCUAUCGCGCCAAUGUCACUGCUCGCAACCUUCUUUGUAAUAUUAUUGCGCCGGUCACCAAGGCAGCUCGCUCCCAACGUCUUGGGUUGGGCAACGCUUUCGCCUUCGCUACACCGUUCCCUGGUUAUGCUGUACUCAUUGCGACCGACAUCUUGUCUGCAGGAGGGUUGGCGUCCGACCUGCCCAGCACAAUUGAAUCCAUCAGCAAUGGACUGCAAUGUGUGGACGAGAUUGCUUCUUUUUGGUCUAGCGCUCGCGCUCAACAAAAGGCUGUUGAGUCACGCUUGCGUUUCCUUGCUCAGACAGCAUUGGGCGAAGUUGCGCUGGUAAAGAAUUUCGAAGGCCGUAAGGUCUGGCGAUUGGAGAAGCCACUCGAGUCCAACUUCAACGCUCGGGAUGAUGUUGUGUAUGGGGCCGAUGACGAAGCGUACUUUUCAGCAUUACUCCACGACGAUUUUGCGAAGAGGAGGGAGAUGGUGGCUCCCUGA